AUGGAGACGGCCGCGGCUCCCGGCCCAGGCUGGGCCGCUGAGGGAGAGCGGCGGCGGCGGCGUUGCUCGCGCCGAGACAGAGACCGGGAGCAGCGGCGCCGCCGAGGUCCUGGCGGUGACGCGCCCCGGGCCCUGUUGGCCGCCCCGCGCGGCUCCUCGUCCUCGUCAUCGCCGCCGCCGCCCGCCAGGCCCUGGUCGUCAGCUUCGUCUGGAGAGCGGCCCGGUGGCCCGAGACGGCGGCGACCCCGUCCCAGGCCUCGGCCACCGCGACCCCGAGCUCGAAAGCGCCCUGCCGGCUCCGGCAGUCGCGGAGAAGAGGAGGAGGAGGAAGAGGGGGGUGCAGACGACGGGGAGGCCGAGGAGGAGCCUGAGGAGGAGGAAGAAGAGGAGGAGGACUUGAUCGAUGGCUUCGCCAUUGCCAGCUUCGCCAGCCUGGAGGCCUUGCAGAAGGAUGCCUCUCUUCAGCCCCCAGAGCGACUAGAACAUCGGCUAAAGCAUUCUGGGAAGCGGAAGAGGGGGGGCUCCAGUGGGGCCACCGGGGAGCCAGGAGACAGCUCUGAUCGGGAGCCUGGCCGGCCCUCUGGAGAUCGUGCCCGAAAAUGGCCCAAUAAGCGGAGAAGGAAAGAGGCCUCCUCACGUCACUCUCUGGAAGCUGGAUAUAUAUGUGAUGCGGAAAGCGAUUUGGACGAAAGGGUCUCCGAUGAUGACCUCGACCCAUCCUUUACUGUCUCAACCAGCAAAGCCUCAGGCCCUCAUGGCGCCUUCAAUGGGAACUGUGAAGCAAAACUCUCCAUAGUCCCUAAAGUGUCGGGCCUGGAGCGGAGCCAGGAACAGCCCCCAGGGCCCGAUCCGCUGCUAGUGCCUUUCCCCCCGAAGGAACCACCACCUCCACCAGCCCCUCGGCCUCCUGUCUCACCCCCUGCACCCCUGCCGGCCACCCCCAGUCUGCCACCCCCACCCCAGCUGCAGCUUCGGGUCUCACCUUUCAGCCUCCGCACUUCUCCCUACAGCAGCCUGGACCUCAGCACUGGCAGCUCUUCACGGCCGCCCCCCAAGGCCCCGGCCCCUCCCGUGGCUCAGCCUCCCCCCUCAUCAUCCUCUUCGUCCUCUUCCUCCUCAUCUGCCUCCUCCUCGUCCGCGCAGCUCACCCACCGGCCCCCGACGCCCUCACUGCCCCUGCCUUUGUCCAACCACGGCUUUCCUCCCCCCGGGCUGCGGCCCCCCCUACCACCCCACCACCCCUCCUUGUUCUCCCCUGGCCCUACCCUGCCCCCACCCCCACCCCUGCUGCAGGUGCCAGGGCACCCUGGGGCCUCAGCUGCUAACGCCCUUUCUGAGCAGGACCUGAUCGGCCAGGACCUGAACUCUCGCUACCCCGAGGUGGUGGGGACAGGGGGCUCAGCCCGGCCCCUGGCCUUCCAGUUCCACCAGCACAACCACCAGCACCAGCACACCCACCAGCACACCCACCAGCACUUCACCCCUUAUCCCCCGGGCCUGCUGCCACCCCAUGGCCCCCACAUGUUUGAGAAAUACCCAGGAAAGAUGGAAGGCCUUUUCCGGCAUAAUCCGUACACGGCCUUCCCUCCCGCAGUGCCCGGCCUACCUCCGGGCCUCCCGCCGGCUGUCUCCUUUGGCUCCCUGCAGGGGGCCUUCCAGCCCAAGAGCACGAACCCCGAGCUGCCACCACGACUGGGGCCAGUGCCAAGCGGGCUUCCCCAAAAGGGGACACAGAUCCCUGACCAUUUCCGGCCACCUUUGAGGAAACCAGGGAAGUGGUGUGCCAUGCACGUGCGCGUGGCUUACAUGAUCCUGAGACACCAGGAAAAGAUGAAGGGCGACUCCCACAAGCUUGACUUUCGGAACGACCUCCUGCCCUGCCUUCCAGGGCCCUAUGGGGCCCUGCCCACUGGCCAGGAGCUCUCCCAUCCGGCCGCCUCCCUCUUCACUGCAACUGGUGCCGUCCACGCUGCAGCCAACCCUUUCACGGCAGCUCCCGGGGCCCACGGACCCUUUCUGAGCCCCAGCACCCACAUUGAUCCCUUUGGGCGUCCCACAAGCUUCGCCUCCUUGGCUGCCCUCUCCAACGGGGCUUUUGGAGGCCUGGGAAGCCCCACUUUCAACUCCGGCGCCGUCUUUGCCCAGAAAGAAAGCCCAGGGGCCCCACCAGCCUUCGCCUCCCCCCCGGACCCAUGGGGUCGCCUGCACCGCAGUCCUCUGGCCUUUCCUGCCUGGGUCCGGCCCCCUGAGGCCGCCCGGACACCAGGCUCAGACAAGGAGCGGCCUGUGGAGCGGAGAGAGUCUUCUAUCACCAAGGAGGAGAAAGACAGGGACCUCCCCUUCUCACGGCCCCAGCCCCGAGUAUCUCCUGCUACUCCCAAGGCCCGGGCUGGUGAGGAAGGGGCCAGGCCAGCCAAGGAAUCGGUGCGGGUAAAGGAAGAACGGAAAGAGGAGGCUGCUGCCGCCGCUGCUGCUGCAGCUGCUGCCGCCGCCGCUGCCGCCGCUGCUGCCGCCACUGGGCCUCAGGGCCUUCACCUGCUGUUUGAGAGGCCCCGGCCACCCCCCUUUCUGGGCCCUGGACCUCCAGAGCGCUGUGCUGGCUUCCUGGAGCCAACCUGGUUGGCAGGGCCCCCUCGCCUUGCAAGGCCACCUCGCUUCUAUGAGGCGGGUGAGGAGCUGACUGGGCCAGGGGCAGUGGCUGCUGCCCGCCUCUAUGGUCUAGAGCCUGCCCAUCCCCUGUUAUACAGCCGCUUGGCUCCUCCGCCACCACCUACGGCGGCCCCGGGAACCCCUCACCUUCUCAGCAAGACCCCACCAGGAGCCCUUUUAGGGGCACCACCUCCACUUGUGCCCGCCCCCCGGCCUAGUUCCCCACCUAGGGCCCCUGGCCCAGCCCGGGCUGACAGGUGAGGGAAGGGGAGGGGCAGGGGCAAAGCUCCAUCCCCUUUCCUUUUGAUAAGGUCCUAGAGCUGAGGUUUUAAGCCAGGGCUGGAGGGCGAAGGUCAUGACCUCACCAGCCACCUUUGAGGUCGUGGAACCUGAGAACAGAACCCCAACCCCCAUGAGAUCAAGCAUCAGAUGAACCUUGGGGUCACUGGGAGGGCAGAGGUCAUAAACCUCUAGAAAGGGGAGAGUGAGUGAGUGUGUGUGUGUGUGUGUGUGUGUGUGUACACAUACAUGAGAGUGGGGAUCAUUUCAGAGGUCAUAGCUCAUGAUCUCCUGAGGUGCACCAUAGCCCCCUCUGAGGGCCCCUAGGCCCUUGGUCUGCCUCCCCAAGGGCUCACUAAGCCAGAGGCCAAAGUGCCCCCCUCCCCUUCACCUACCACCCAAGUCCUCAUGCCCUCUCAGGGCUGGGGGAGGAGGGGCUAAAGGAAGGGGGGUUCCAUGUACAUAUUUAUCUCCCCUUCCACAUAGCCCCUCAGACCUUUUGUACAUUUUUACAGGGGUGCCCUUCCCAAUAAUCCCCCUUCCUGGUUAAUUAAAUCCUCAGACUGGUGCUGUGUUCCUAGCCUCUGGCCUCUCUGUGUCGGGAAGGGGAGAGCUGGAAGGGGACAGGCAGGCCCAUGGCUUAUCCCUCAGAAUAUGGGGUCCAGCAGGAAGUGGACCAACAGGGGAAGGGACCUGGGUACCUAGGCUGGAAAGAAAGGCAAAUGCUUCCUGCUUGGCUGACAGCCCAGGUUCUCCCCACUUGUUCCUGUUACCUCUGUGUGCCCCAUCCCCAAAAGGCUCAACCUUUAAGCUUCAGAGUCUACUUCUUUCUUAGUGGCUCAGUUUCCCCACUUCAUUUCCAAGUGCCCCCAGGACUCCUGGGCCCUGCUCUCUAGAGCCCUGUUCCCAGAGCCCUGCCCCAGGCUAAGGAGGGCCAGAGAAGGUCACCAUGUACCACACACCAAAGAAGGGGGUCAGCUCGGAGGUGGACCACAUGGGCAGCUUCUUUAGCAGCCUCAGCCUUCCCAAAGCACCAGGCGCCCCCAGGCCGGGGCCCAGCCUAGAAGGCAGGGGUCAGUUUAACAAAAACAUAAAUGUUGACUUUUUUCCCAGGUGGGGCUUAUUCUGUAACAUGACUUGCGGAUAUUUAUAUAAAAAUGAGUGUUACAAUGAGGUCCCUUGGCUUCUCUUUCAGUGUGUUUGGGUCACCUGGUAUUGGGGAUUGGGCUGAGCCCUGGGGACA